GAAUCAAUGGUGCCUGUUACUCACUCAUUCAAACUCUCUAUUCAAACACCGAAAUAUCACUCCUUGAGCUCGGGAGCCUCAUACCAAUGGCGUCCCUCCCCGGACCUACAAACCCCUUCCCGCCGCCCCUCAACCGCCCGACCCAGUCCCGCAACCGGCACCGACUCCACCCACCGCUCGCCGUAAGUGAAACAAGACUCGACCUCGCGAAGCUGAAGGAGGUAGAAGCGAGAGAGAGGAAAGAGGAAACGAACAGAAAAAUAGCUUCCCAAAAGGCCAUUUCCAUUAUACUGAGGAGAGAAGCCACAAAGGCAGUCAUCGAGAAGAAGAAGGGGAAUUCCAAGAAACUGCUGCCCCGAACUGUUCUUGAAGCCCUUCACGACCGCAUCACCGCUCUACGCUGGGAGUCUGCUCUCAAGGUUUUCGAACUCCUUCGUGAGCAACUUUGGUACAGACCCAACUCUGGUAUAUACAUCAAGCUAAUUGUCAUGCUUGGCAAAUGCAAGCAACCUGAAAAAGCUCAUACCUUAUUUCAGGCAAUGAUUGAUGAAGGGUGUGUUGUGGACCGUGAAGCUUACACUGCCCUUAUGUCUGCCUACAGUCGAAGUGGCCUUUUUGACAAAGCGUUUUAUAUUUUAGAAAAAAUGAAGACGAUAUCUGACUGUCAACCUGAUGUCUACACGUACUCAAUCCUCAUUAAGUCGUGUCUCCAAGUUAAUGACUUCGGCAAAGUGCAAUCUCUGCUGUCUGACAUGGAAAUACAGGGAAUCAAGCCUAACACGAUCACAUACAACACUCUCCUUGAUGCUUAUGGAAAAGCAAAGAAGUUCAUAGAGAUGGAAUCUUUACUUGUGCAAAUGCUUAGACAACGGGAAUGCCAACCCGAUGUGUGGACCAUGAACUCAUCACUGAGAGCUUUCGGCGGCAGUGGACAAAUCGAAAUGAUGGAAAAGUGCUACGAAAAGUUUCAGAGAGCAGGCAUCGAACCCAACAUCAAGACAUUCAACAUACUCUUGGAUUCGUAUGGCAAAACAGGGAACUACGAGAAAAUGAGCUCUGUAAUGCAAUACAUGCAGAAAUACCACUUCUCUUGGACCCUUGUCACGUACAAUAUUGUCAUAGAUGCAUUUGGAAGAGCCGGUGAUUUAAAACAGAUGGAAUUCUUGUUCCGGCUGAUGCAGUCCGAGAGGAUAAAACCAAAUUGUGUCACACUUUGUUCGCUGGUAAGAGCUUAUGGGAAUGCCGGAAAAGCUGAAAAAAUUACAGCCGUCUUACGGUUCAUCGAUAACUCUGACGUUAUGCUUGAUACUGUGUUCUUUAACUGCUUAGUUGACUCAUAUGGGAUGAUGGGAUGCUUUGCGGAGAUGAAAGGUGUGAUUGAGAUGAUGAAGAGGAGAGGCUGUGAGCCCGAUAAGAUCACUUACCGAACAAUGAUAAAAGCGUAUACACUCAGCGGAAUGACCAGCCAGGCCAAAGAGCUUCAGAAUGAACUUGCUUCACUGAGAGGAUUUCCUUAGGAUGGAGAAACACAAUAUACUGCUUGGAAGAUACUCAUAUGCUUGGUUAUGUGCGAAGUUGUGGAAGAAAGCAUCAGGUUUUUGUCUGCUAAUCUUUGUAGAGGGUCAGCAUAUUGAUUUAUAAUGUAAAUUUUGAUGUAUUUGAUCCCUUUCCUUCAAGAAGGAGAAAAAACAAACAAACAAACAAGUGAUGAUCCAUCUCUUGCAAUGGAAACAUGGCUGCUAAAGUGUUAUCACAUGUGCUUUCUAUUUAUUGCACCAGAAAUUUGUGAUAUACUAUGUU